GCGGUCAGUGCUCCUGAAUUGAAUGCGGUUUGGUUUUGGAGUUAUCCUACUAAAGAAACAGCGAUUUUAGUCCAUUAAAGAAGUAAGCAAAACUACUUUUGUAGCAUGCAGAAUAAGGAGAAUUGUGACCCGAAAGGACAACAGAGAUCGAUGGCUGCUCCCAUACCUUUUGUGGGACCUCAGCGAGUUCAAAUACCGUCUGCACCAGUGGCUACAAACAAAAACACAAUUACAGGCCCUGGGGGAGAGCUUGCUGCAUCUUCAUCUAGUGCUGUUCAAGUGAAGAAUUUCACCAUAAAUGAAUUUGACAUUGGGCGGCCCCUUGGAAAAGGCAAGUUUGGAAAUGUGUACCUGGCUCGGGAUAAGAAGCUUGAGUACAUUGUGGCACUGAAGGUGCUCUUCAAGUCACAGAUGGAGAAGGAAGGCGUGGAGCAUCAGCUUAGACGGGAGAUUGAGAUUCAGUCCCAUCUUAGACACCCCAACAUCCUGCGCUUCUACAACUACUUUCAUGACCGGACAAGGGUCUUCCUGAUCCUGGAGUAUGCACCACGUGGGGAGAUGUACAAGGAGCUGCAGAAAUGUGGACGCUUCGAUGACCAGCGCACUGCUACGUACAUGGAGGAGUUGUCUGAUGCACUGCAGUACUGCCAUGAGAGGAAGGUUAUCCAUCGGGACAUCAAGCCUGAGAACCUGUUGCUGGGCUUCAGAGGAGAGCUGAAGAUCGCAGACUUUGGCUGGUCUGUCCACGCCCCGUCCCUAAGGCGCCGUACCAUGUGUGGAACCCUGGACUACCUGCCCCCGGAGAUGAUCGAGGGGAAGACUCACGAUGAGAAGGUGGAUCUGUGGUGCAUCGGGGUGCUCUGCUACGAGUGCCUAGUAGGGAACCCUCCAUUCGAAACGGCCAGCCACACUGACACAUACAAACGCAUCACCAAGGUUGAUUUGCAGUUCCCCAAAGUGGUUUCUAGCGGUGCUCAGGAUCUGAUCUCUAAGCUGCUCCGCCACAGCCCCACCAUGAGGCUCCCCCUACAGAGUGUCAUCAGCCACCCCUGGGUGAAAACCAACUCCCGGCGUGUCCUGCCUCCCGUCUUUGCUCCCAAGAGACCCUGAAAGACUGUUGUUCCAACCAGAUGCCCCAGCCCAGAAACCCUGAUCACCAUAGAACUGCACAUUCAUGUUUAUACAUUCUGUAGAACUGCUCUGUUGGAUCCAGUGUUCUGUAUGAGCGGGACACUGAUCCUUGCUUUGGUAAUUGGUAGUGACUGUGGUAAGAUCUGUUUCAAUUGAUUUAAUGUUUUUGGUAUCGGGAUUGUCUUUGUCUAGUUUCAACUGAUCUUGUGGAACAAGCUAGGAGAACUCUCAAGGUUCUCUUGAAUCUCUCCUUGGGUUUCCCACAAUGUUUCAAGUAACUUUUAACAAACUUGCGUACUUGAAAUUGAUUAGUAUAGGGCAUGAAUAUUAUCUUCGGUUCCCUCCUAGAACUGCCUGCCCCCCCCAGGUGGAUGUCCUUUUUCUGUUUGUUUUGAUCUGUAUUGUAAUUCCUGUUUUCAAAUCUAUAAACCCUGUAUUUAAAAGCUCUUUACACAGCUUAGACCUGAAAUGGCUUUGGGUAAUUCAUUUAAUGUGGAAAAUUCAGUUUUGAGUAAUAUUCCACUAUGGCCUGUUUUAACAACACUUUGCUUUUUUUCACAAAACAUGUCUUUACACAGAACUGCUUGCUAUUGUGUUUCAAGCAAAAAUCAUUGCUGCUCUCAUCUGCUUUAUUUAGACAUUUUGCUGAGUUUCUUAAUGAACCACAGUUUCGUGGGAAAGAACAUGUUUAGGAGAAUGGCUUGACCAUGACAUGGUCUACACCGUUGUGCCGGCGUUAGUCCUUCCUAUCUGAUUCGCUGUACCUCCAUGCCAGCUAGAUGCUUCUGCGCCUUGAUUGCUGUGAAGUAGUCCCACCUGGGGGUUGUUGCCCAGUGUUAACUACCUUCAGGUUUUUUUUUUUUUUUUCGGGUCAAGGUCCAGGUUAUUAUAAUGCCACCGGAUCACCCACACUUAAACUCCUCCACAGUUCACUCAUCGCUAAUUCAAAUGACCAACUUUGAUGGAAACAACACUGUUGGCAGGUAUCUGGUGUUAUUUGAUAAUGUUAUGGCCUGAAAUGCUCUUUGUUCACAUUUUGCAGUUCGUUGUAUCCAAGUGAACAUGAUGUUUAUGUACUCUACUGAAUUCACCCUGUUGCUACUGUCAGCAGUUAAAUUAUCAAUGAAGACGUGAACCCGACGUAGCCAUACAGUACAAUCCCAAGCCAUGACUCUAACUGUACUGUGUUACCAACAUGAGGUGGUGUACUUCACAUUUGGGGUAUUAGCUUUUUUUCGUCACACAUUCACCUUUUCAUCACUGAUAGAGGUCAGUCCACGCUACUGAGUUCUAGAACUCCAGACUCGUACAUUUGAUCAAAAACUGCUAUCUGGCUGUGUUCCUGAGACAUGCUUGUUCCUUGCG